CGAGGUGGUCUUGAAUCGAAGGAUUGCCGUCCAGGAACGAAGAGAGAGAGAGAGAGAGAGAGAGAAAGGAAGGUUUUGUCAUUGAGAGAAAGCGAGAGUAGGGGAGAGAAGCGACGGGUGAGAGUUACGGGACCUGUGUUUAUUUUUUUCCGCUUGUGUUAAAACGUACGACGGCCUGUGUUCAUUUUAGACAGUAUUUGUUUUCAUAAAAUGACGAGUAGUGUGAGAGAGAGAGAGUGAAAAAAAAAAAAAUCUGAUUAUCAGAAACAAAACAACGUCAUUGUUGACCUAAAACAAGAAGAAUAGUUUGUACAGAGUCAGAGAAGUGUUUUCUUUUAGGAUAUACGCUGAGAUACGGAUUCAUAAUCAGUGCAUUGUUGUGAGGUGUUUUUCUUUUUCAUGGAUUAAAAUUUCUUUACACUCGCGAGUAUUCUACGGAGGAUUUAUUCUACAGACAAAACGUUAUUUGACCCAGACAACUUCAGAUAUUCCACCAACUCAUAUCAAGCCGUUUGACUAAACAGGUUAAGAUAUUCCAUCAACAUUCAUCAAAGCAUUGGCCAAGAUGGAGAGAUUUGUCCUAAUUUUUACUUACUAAAAUCGUCAUUGUUUGGCAUUGAAGUCACACUAUAACAGUACUGUAUAACUUUAUACAUGUAUACGAAGAAGCCAUACACAAAACACUCGUUUGUAGUAAUUGCGUCUUGUGACAGAUGUCUUUCAGAAGGCUGUAGCGUUAUCUGUGAUGGCUUAGCACAGGAGGGGGGACUACUCUAUAAUUAGCCUUGAGAAGUUAUCUGCAGUUAUCUUUCUGCUUCGAGAGCAUUAAAAUUUGUGACUUUGAAUUCGGAUUGUAUGUAGGUCAGACCUAACAGUAACCCCAGAUAGAAGGGAGCUAACUUCUGCUAAUUCGUACGCCUAAAACAGAUAUGAGUUAUAGAGUGUAGACACGACCAGUACACUGAUUUAUCAUGUGAAAAUUAUGUUUAUACAGGCGUACAUCUUCAGCAGUGCACAUAUACAUUCUGUGACAAGACUGAUACUAGAUCUACAUGUUUUUGAGCGGACGCAGUGAAAUGGCUGACCGGAAUUUUUUUCCAUGCCUUUUAAUUUUAACCUGUUGGAUUGUCGAACCUACCGAAACUUUUAAAAGCCAUUUAUAUUCAAAUGACCAAAACUCGAUCAAAGACAAAUCAUUUGGGCAUCAUUUUAUAAUAAAAGGUCAUAAACAGAUGAUUGACACUGAAAGGGCAAGUUCGUUUUUAUCACAUUCAAAUGAUUUUAAAAAAUCCGAGACGAUUGUCAAUCAUUUUUUACACGGUGUCAAUGAAGGAAAAGAAGACCAUGAUAAAAUUUCUUCUCACGAUUUAGUGUCGAAGAAUGAAAACAUUGCUAAUACAGAGACACCGUCUUCGAAACUUCGUGCCGAGCACGAGAAGUUCAUGGACCCCAAACGCUUGAUUAAAGCAGGCACUGCACGCAAGGGAGAUAAUCUACACCGGUUGCACUCUGUAACCCAAGGCAGACGAUCUGAUAGAAAGCAUGAGAGAACGCUAGGAACGACAGGAAGGCAAACAGAGGAAAAUGGGACUAAUAAAGGAUCCAGGACACGGAUCCGGAAAACGCUAACAAAUAGCAACGGAAUGUCGAAAAAUACUUUUUCCAGUUAUCUACAGAGAGGUUCAGUCUCAGAUCGUGUUUCAGUGGCAGACGCGACCGGUAGGCGGAGCAAGCGUAGCGGUGAACAUUUUAACGACUCUUCUUCUCUCGAUACGGCAACGGAUAUCAAUGGGGCCUCUGAUAAUGCCACGGACGUAACUCCUACCAAUGCCAGCAGGGAGUUAAUCUCGACUUCACUCCCAUGGUUGGAACACGUUGAUAAUAGCACCGAGGCUCAAUUAAAGCCGGGUCAUGAGACGGACGGUCCGAGUGACGAGUUUAGUCAUUUAGUGACUGUGAGUACCACACUGAUGACUACUUCAGCUAACGACCUCGUUACGACAUCCGGCACCACGGAAACAGAGUCGGUUGGUCAUCUCUCAGCGGUCAGUCUCAACGGGUCAGAAUUAGUCUCUGAUAACGGAGACGGCAUUCACGCGGAGCAUGACAAUGCAAGCGUUACGGGGGCGUCGUUAGACGAAGAGCAUGCAUUCAGCACAACAGCAUCACCAACUGUCGCAACAACUCUUUCAACAACAUCAACACACACAACCACAUUUACAACAACAACACAAGAAACAACUACACAAACAGAAGCCACACCAACAACUAUUAAAACUUUGCCGAUUGUUGCAGAAACAGAAGUAGAGACGUCAACUCCCAUCGCAUUGACGUAUGAACUAACGUCUGCACGUAGUGAGCCGACCGAAAAUAUCACCGCUAGCGACACCGACGUGAUGGCUGGAGUCAUAUUAGAGGCGACAACAACAAUGACAUCUGCACAUACUGUCUCUCAGGAUUCAGAGGGGACUAUCUCGGAACCAGCUUCAGAGAACACCACAACUGCCGCCGGAACAACGCCAGACGAUACUAAAAUAGAAGACAGUCGCCUUGACAUUGAUGAUGACGUCAGUGUGUCAAACGUGACAGAACCCGUGAUAUACGUCACGCUGUUCACAGAAUCCCCGAGAAAAAGCGAAACCACUCAUGCAGAGACAGCAUCUACCGCAUCCUCUGAGGCAUUAUCGACUGAGUCAUCUACCUCAAUCUCUACUUCCACUCUAGCGCCAACAACAACAGAAGAGAUUGACGAGUACCCUGAUGAAAGAGACGAGUACACCGACUCUUUACUGACCCCGGCUGACCCCAUCAGAGAAAGCACCCAGCAGCCCGACGCCAAUUCCACCAAAACAGCCGAGGUAACCGUCCCUGAACGGGGACUCCACUGGGGCCUCGCCAAGCAGACUUGGCAGUACGCCUGGGAGAUCCACAUUUACACCUUCGGGGCUCUCUUCGGCCUCCUGGCGCUUUACACUGUGGUGAGCGGUCUCCGGCUGUCCUGUCUGCAGGGCAUGCUCCCGAGGGGGUACUUCCUGUUCAUCAACGCCCUGAUGUUCUUGAUGUGUUCCACCAGGUGCUUCUACAUGAUGUUUGACGGCUACAACUCCGACUUGACCUUUCACUCCAGUCUAGACUACUUCAUGUACAGCAUCACCUUCCCUUGUCUGACGUCAGCAUUUAGCCUUCUGGUCCUGGCAUUUCUCAAAGCCACUAGCCUGCAGUUACUAAGACCAGCCAUACAAAAUAUUGCAGUGUUACUGGUCAUCAUUGCUGUUCACUUUGCCUUGUCCGUCUCCGCCGAUGUCCUCAUUGGGUACCAGGAGUGGGUGUAUCUCCUACAGUUUGCUGGCCAAGUGUUCUACCUAGUUUGGGGUGCCGUCUUGUUCUUUGGAUACGCCUACAUUUUCCGCAGGCUUUACUCGCACGCCCUGAAGCGCCAGAAGAACGCCGCCAGCAGUUCCCCCAGCGAGGCUUGGGUCAGCAGAACAAAGAUUGUCAUGAAGUUUACUCUCAGCGCCGGCAUCAAGGUCACCUUCUUCGCCGCCAUCUGCGGACUUGUAACCGUGGGACUAGAAGUGUACGCCAUCGUGGACAUCUACCGACCUUUCACCCCAGGACGGCCCAAAGCAUGGCCAUGGUGGCUGUACCACACUGUACUUAGGGUGAUCGAGCUACUCAUGGCCUUGUCCAUGACGUUCGUCGCGUCUCUCCCAUUCCGAUACAGCAGAGCAAUAGACAGGUUAUCCUGUGGAAUCUUCUGCGCUCCCUGUGCAGAGAUGUGCUCCUGCUGCGGUGGUCAUGCGAAGUCCAGAAACGCAGCCAACAGGUCAAGCAGCUUCUACGAGUGGCACGCCUUUGGACGCGGACAUGCCGGUCCCAAGGUUUCGUCUGUGGACAACGGAUAUAACCUCCGAAGACUCAGCAGUCAGGACAACCCGGAAUUCGGGGGGCGGCCUUCGUCUGGAUCAAGACCCAGUUCUUUGUUAAUCAUAGACAACGGUGUGGUCAGAUUUCAGACCAACGAGGAAGUUUGCGUGAUGCUGGACGGCGGCCAAGGCGAUGACCAGAAGGAGGACAUCCACAGCAUGAACACUUUCCAUCUGCGGGACAGCUUCUUCAACCCCGGUUACUGUCACAAUCUCCAGGAGACCUACGAAGAUGAAGUCGUUAAGUCUCGGAAAAGCAGCAUGACCAGCAGCGAGUUCUUCCGAGUGCCCAGCUCUGUCAGCUUGGCGGACAGCGUUGAGAACGAGCUAGAUAAAGUGUUUGAAAGUUUCAAAGUGAAGAACGGACAUAAAGACGUGGACAAUAGGUCAACGGAUGUAAUGGUCGGGAGCACACUUAGCACAGACCCCAAUUUCGAUCCCACCGACAUCAGACUUGAGGAUUCUUCAGGAUUAGAUUUACAAUCUAGUCAGGUUCCACAACUCGACGAUGCUCAAAGUAUCAAUUCUGAAACAGAGUUGUCUACCCCUUUUAUUCAGCACGACGAGGCAGACGUGGAAGACUUCCCUCCCCCGUAUGACCUUGAUGACCUGCCAGAUGCCCCCUUUCAGGACAACGAGUCCUUAGUGUCGUCUGGAAGUGAUGACUUUAUUGACCACAACGGAGUACUCAGGACGAGAAGGCCUAGCGAAGGCCAUGGCUACCAAGCCGCCAUAUUGACCUCACUUUUAAAAUCAAGGGAAACAGGCUCUACUGAAAAUAUAGAUGUCUGAUUACCAGUGCUAACAAAACUUUGAUAUUAAUAAAUAUUAUUACAUUUGUUUCAAUUUGAUCGCGCAAGUUUUAAAAAAAAUUAUACUACUCGUAAUUUUUCAGUAUUCAAUGGAAUUUAUUAGAAAAGGUCAACAUGCCAGUUACAGAGAAUUAAGGGUUAUUUUUAUCCGUAGAAAAAAGAUAUUGUUAGUUGGCAGUGACAACUUUGUUUCCACACCAAGUGUGCAUUUAGCAUUGUAGCCUCAUUGAAAUGUUCCUGAAAAUGAUCUUUAACUUUCCACCCUAAUUCAGUAUUCUACGGUUGGAUCGCAGGUUUUAGUCUUGAUUCAUAAGUAUUAUAAGCUGUUGAAUAUUGUGAAUGCAGAAAAGAUUUGUAGAGAGAUUCCAAGUUGCGUGGAUUCGUUUUUGUAAAGCAACUAGCGAAAACAAAAAUUGAUUUAAUAGUGUUAACGCUGUUAAUGUUAUGUGUACACAAGAGAGUCAAUAGCUAAUAUAGAAUCAUACUUUUUAUUUUCUAUUCUGUGCUUAUUGAAUGAAUUAUGUUUUUUAUUACACCGUGAUCACUGCCCAGUAUUUAGAUGACAACGGAUUUUCAAAGAGGAAUAUUAAAAUAAACGGAGACAGACAGACUGACAGACAAAUAGAAAUGUGGGAGAAAUAAUAGAAACAACAAACUAAAUUAUAAAAAUAUUUUUUCUAAAAACAAAGUUUAAAUAAGGGGAAAAAACGCACAUUUACAGACAUAUCUUUCAAUAUUUUAAUAUUUAUUUCCUUUUUUAAUAACAAACGAAAUGUAUUAAAUGUUUCAAAUAAUAUUAAUUAAUAUGUCCUUAUUUUUAAAUUCAUGUUUUAUUAGGGGCAAAGAAUAAUUGAGCAAAAUUUGAACUUGACCCAAGUUUGAACUUGACCCGAGAAUGGGAAGUGGGAGAAAUAAUGUGUACAGAAUUUGUACCAGACAGACAGACGGAGUGAGCUGAUAUAAGCUUUGUAAAAAGAAAGAAAGAGAGAGAGAGAGAGAAAGUAAGAGUGUGAAAAAGAAAUAUAGACAGUGAAAGAUUCAGAGAGAGAGAAAGAGUUGGAGAAAUAUUGUAAACAAUAUAAGAGACUGUACGAAUGUUAGUAACAGAGAAAGAAAAAAGAUUGACAUGGAAAAGCGAGCGAGAGAGAGAGAGAGAGAGAGAGUAAAUGUAACCAAUCGUUACCAUGUUUUUACACACACACACCAAAGUCAUUCAUCUAUUCAUAUGUCACACUUUUUGAUUACAUGUAUUUUUCAAAGUUUAAAAAAAAUAUAUACUUUCAAACACAUGGACCUAAUCUUUAGAUCAGUGUUUCACAAACUUUUACCUUAACGGAACACUUCGCACAUUCUGAAUAUUUACUUUAACAUUUUGCAUAUUUGAGAGAUUAACUCACGUGGUAGCAUACAAGUUAAUUAUUCCAGUAGUUCGCGGAACACUUAUUUAGAUCUCACGGAACACAGGGGUUCCGUGUAACACAGUUUGGGAAACACUGCUUUAUAUAUUAAAAGAGGUCUGAGAGUGAUGGAUAGAUAGAAACAAGGAAAUGAGUUGAAUGUCGGGCUCAUUAAUUAUUCAGCUGGGAGGAAUUAAAAUGUCAAGAACAAAUAUUUAGGAAGAUACUCUUAAUGACGAACGAAUUGUCGGUGUCCAAAGAGGAAAUAAACACAAUUUUCUUCUCUA